UCCCAUCCUUUCGUCUUUGCGCGUACGCAGAAGGUUUUUUAAGUACUACUGUGUCUCUUUGUAGUACAAACAAAGAACCCACCAAGCCCUUUUUUCUAUUAAAAAACAACCUCAAAUGCAGGGUUUUAUGUAGUGUUUUUUAGUUUUUGGCUGCAAUACCAAUGUCUCGCUCUUUGUUGACUUUCUCAAUCUUGGUCUCUCUCCUUUUUCUAGCUGCUGCUCACAGUGGACAUGGCGAUGAUGAUGAUGGAGGAGACGAGGCUGAGCCUCACAAUCUGCGGUCAAGGCCUUUGAUUUUGGUGAAAGUUUGGUGCUUGAUUAUUAUUUUUGUAGGGACUUUUAUUGGUGGGGUGUCACCAUAUUUUUUUAAAUGGAAUGAAGGGUUUUUGGUGUUGGGGACUCAGUUUGCUGGGGGUGUGUUUUUGGGUACUGCUUUGAUGCAUUUUUUGAGUGAUGCAGAUGAAACUUUUGAGGACUUGACUAGUAAAGAAUACCCUUUUGCUUUUAUGUUGGCUUGUGCUGGCUAUUUGUUGACUAUGUUGGCUGAUUGUGCCAUUUCUUAUGUGUUUGGGAAGAAGGAGAGUUCUAACGGGGGUGAUGUUGAACAUCAAGGUGGGGUUGAGCAAAAUGGACAUAUGCACUCAUCAAAGCUUUCAAUUAGAGCCAUAAAUUCACUAGGGGAUAGCAUUUUAUUGAUUGUGGCCUUAUGCUUCCACUCUGUCUUUGAAGGCAUAGCCAUUGGAGUUGCAAAAACUGAAGCUGAUGCAUGGAAAGCUUUAUGGACAAUCUCUUUGCACAAGAUUUUUGCAGCCAUUGCCAUGGGAAUAGCUCUGCUAAGAAUGAUCCCAAAUCGCCCUUUGUUGUCUUGUGUAGCCUAUGCUUUUGCGUUUGCCAUUUCUAGUCCAGUUGGUGUUGCCAUUGGAAUUGUAAUUGAUGCCACCACUGAGGGGCCUGUUGCAGAUUGGAUCUUUGCCAUAUCAAUGGGUUUGGCAUGUGGGGUCUUCAUUUAUGUCUCCAUUAAUCAUCUGCUAUCCAAAGGCUAUGCACCUCUUAAGCCAAUCUCAGUUGACACACCCUAUCAUAAAUUCUUAGCUGUGCUCUUGGGAAUUGGAGUGAUUGCAGUUGUGAUGAUUUGGGACACCUGAAAGUUCUUAUAAUUCACAGCUAAAUAGAUCAAAUUCGUUUCCUUUGGAUUGUUCUUUAGUGUUAAAGUGUGCUUUAUUUUGUAGCUCUUCUUUAAGAAUUGUGUGCUUUGUUACAGUACAACUAUGAUGAUGAACAUUUCUUCU